GCAAUGAGAAUUAAUUAAGAAAAUAUAUAAAGAAAUCAAAAGGAAAAUUAAGAAGAAAAGUGCCCUAAAUUUUAGUUAAAAAAAACUAUUUAAAGCUAACAAAAGAUUUAUUAAUGAUUUGACUUCCAAAGAAGACAAGAACCAAGGAAAAUGAACCCACUAGGAAUAAUCAUAUUAAACUUUAUCUUGUUAUCAGUAGCAGGAGCUUCGCCAACACGCCGUGUGUGCAUGGAAUUCAAUCGAAACAGCAUUGCGGGUAGACUUGACCAAUCGGAUGAUAAUUCAGAAUAUCAAGAAGAAACCGAAAAUGAUAUUGUCGAUGAUGACGAACUUUAUGUGGAUCAGAAUUUCACUGAUAUUCAUCAAUAUAAAACUCAAGAAACUUGUGCAAACAAUUUCGAGUAUUGCUUUUCAGCAUGGAGGAUAGAAAAAGAUGGAAGCACAAAAUUAUAUUCACAAGGUUGUUGGGAACAUGUUCGCGGAUGUAAUCAAUCAGCUUGUAUUGGAUAUCAAGAGAAGCAAGCUGUUGUAUUUUGUUGCUGUAACACUGACCUAUGUAAUAACAAUUUGACCAAUGUCACACCUCAAACAUCACCGGUCGUUAUUCCCCCGGCACGCUCUAAUUUCGCUGAUAAUUCAGUUUUAAAGAAUCCAGCAGUUUGGGUCAGUUUCAUAUCGACAGCUAUUAUGCUUUUUAUUAUCGCUCUCGUCUUCUUCGUCUCGUGUCGCGUCAAAACCAAACCAAAACCAGAAGCUUCACCUUUGGCACCAUCUGGUCCCGGUUACUCAUCCAACUUAUAUAAUGUCGAUAACUUAAAACCAAUCUCAAUUAUCGGCGAGGGAAAGUUUGGUAUUGUGUGGAAAGGAAUGGUCAAUGAACAACCAGUGGCCGUAAAAAUAUUCAGUGCGCCAAAGAAACAAUAUUUUAUUAAUGAACGUGAAAUAUACUCGCAACCAUUCAUGAAUUCGAGUCCAUCUUUACUCACAUAUUUCGGUUCUGAUGAACGUUUAACAUCUGAUGGAAAGAUGGAAUAUAUGUUGGUUCUUUCUCUUGCUGAAUAUGGUUGCCUACAGGAGUACCUGCGUGCAAAUACAACAACAUUUGCAGUCUAUUGUCGAAUGGCCAUUUCCAUCACUCGAGGGUUGUCAUUUCUUCACACAAGAAUCCAAAAAGGUGACACAUUGAAGAUGUGCAUUUGUCAUCGUGAUCUCAACAGUCGAAAUAUUCUCGUAAAAUCCGAUCUGUCAUGUUGCUUAUGUGACUUUGGAUUUGCAAUGAAAACAAGUGGAUCACAUUACGCUCAACAAGGUGAAAUGAUUGCGGCUGAAACAAAAAGCAUUCACGAAGUGGGAACACUUCGUUAUAUGGCACCAGAAAUUCUCGAAGGUGCCGUCAAUUUGCGUGACUGCGAAUCAUCGUUGAAGCAAAUCGAUGUUUAUUCACUUGGCUUAGUGUUGUGGGAAUUGUGUAUGAGAUGUCAAGAGUUUUAUCCUCCAGAGAUGACAACUCCACCAUACAAAGCACCAUAUGAAGCGGAAAUUGGAAUUCAUCCAUCGUUUGAUCAAAUGCGCUUAUUGGUAUUGCAACACAAAGCACGACCAUUGUUUCCAACAUGUUGGGGAGGUGGAUCAGCAGCUUCCGCUUCAAAAGAAAUAUGUGAAGAUCUUUGGGAUCACGAUCCUGAUGCUCGUCUAAGUUCACUUUGUGUUGAAGAACGAUUAAUGGAGAUUGCGACACUUCAUCCGCGAUCUCAUUUUGUUUCAUCAAACACACAUUUGGAUGCAAAUAAUUUAAUUUCAUCAGCUGCACCCGCAAUAAGUUUUUGUCCACCUGUUCAAGGAUGUCAUCAAGUUAUUGCACAAGUUGAACACACAAGUGAAACAUUCUUAUCGAGUCCAUCAAGUGACUCUGGUCGAGUUAUUCCUAUUAAAAAUCGUGAAAUGUUUGGACAACAAAUUCAACAGUUUCAAGGACGUAAUUUGUGUCUUGAAAGAAAUCUCGUUCAGAUUCAUCAAGCUGAUCAAUCGAAUGAUGAGAAACCGAUUAAAAAAUGUCCACUUGCUAUGGGAAAUCAAUUGAUAAGUGGAAUCAAUUCUGAUAGUCAUUUCUAUGAUAUGGAAUAUGAAGUGCUCGUUGAAGAAUUGCUCAAUAAAAAUAUAAAAACUUCACCGACGACUGUCAGCGAUUCUAAUAAUUAUUCUGAGAUUUUACCGAAAAGAAAUAAUGCUGAUAAACGAGGCAUGCGAUGGAAUGGAGUUAGAAAAAUGAUUCAGAGAAAAUUUUCAAAGAAGAGUCACUUGGGAAACAUCAAUCAGCAGUUAACAUCACCGACAAAUAGAAAUAUCCAUCUGAACAUGAUUGAAUCGAACAGUGCUGUCAUUGAGAAGAAACCAAACAACAUUCAACGUCCAAAAAAUUUGGAUAUUUCACCGAUUGUUGUUAGUAGAAAGCUUCAAACAUUCAAAACACCUCCGCACGAUUCAGAAAAUGAAACAUUUACAAUCAUAAAAGAAUCUUCAAAAAUUGUGACUUCAAAAUCAGCGACAUUGAAUACAAUUUCUGAUGAAUUGUCUUCAGAAGGAAAGAAUUUGAAACGUCAACGAUCAUUGGAAGUAUUCAGAGAAGUUUUUGGACCAGGAAAAGGAAGUGUAGAGAGACUCAGAGAUGUUCAUCAGAGAAUCAAAACACCGGGAGAUGUUCCACCAAGUGUCCGGAAAGUAAGAGCUUCGAAGACUCUUUCACUAUACGACGAUCGCAUGAUGAAUUCUGAGCUCAGAUUCGAUGGCUCAUCUAACAGCAUGUAG